UAGUCUGGCGACACUGGUAAAAGUUAAAGGGCCGCCUGCAGGCUGCAGUGUUCUGUUAGCGUACUUUGCACGUUCAGCAAUACCUUGGUUUUUUAUUACGGUUGAUUCAUCACAUGACAGUACAGGUCUCACAAACAAAAACGUUGACAACAACAAUGACCUUUCCUUAGCAAUGCACUUUCCUUCAACACCAGAUGUUUUCAUUUGGUGAAGUCUUCCAAGUCGCUUUUACAUCAGAAUGACGGAUCGAACUGAUGGAGGACAUGGGCAGCUGUCGAUAGAAGCACUCCGUCACUCACCUGCAGCUCGAGCCAUUUUCUCGGGUCUCGCUACAUUUUUGAUAUCGUUUGUGGCCUUACACCAUUGGUCUUCUGCAAAAGAGGAAUUUCACAGGAAAGAAGUCUACGAUUGGCUGAGGGACGUUGGCCUGUCUCAAUACAGCAACUCCAUCUAUGCAAAUGGGUGUUCGACGUUGGCGCGAUGCGCGGCGCUGGCGUCGCCCGUCGCUGCCACUCUCCCGUCCAGCGCCGAGGGCGACCCCUGGCCCGGGGUCCCAACCGAAGCCCAGGCUGCCCUUCGGGACGCCGUACGCCGCCUCCGUUCGCGGCUGCUGCUCCGCCGUUGGCUGCACGAGACAUCAAGCAUCACGUCUGCGCACGCAGAGCAGGUGUUGGAAGCAGCAGGAAGCCUCGAAGAAUUGUUGCUUGUGGCAAAAGCCAGGGAACAGCAGGGUAAUGGAGAGGGAUGGCCCCAAGCAGUAGUGAGGGGCCUGCCCGAGGAUGAUGAUGGUCUGAGGGCCAUUUCCGAGGGCCUCUGGUGGCGACUCACUGCAGAAGACUGGGAACCAUGGGGACCUGGGGACCUGGUGAUGUUGGUAGUUUGUGGCCUGCUGGUGGCGGCCAUGACGACAGGCAUGCCCCAGAGGGGGCUACUGAUUGAGCGGUCGGCAGCAGCUGCUGCAUCCAAGCUCAGCUUCCUCAACUACCUCACAGGGAAGUACCUCUCCCCCAACCACUGCAAGGUCGAGUUUGACUGGGGAGAGCCCCAAGUUGUUGGCUCCACGGUGACGUUUUAUGUUAGGUUCUUUCAACGAAAUGGCCGUGCCUAUCCAAUCUGCAACGAAGACCCAUUAUUGGUGGAAGUCCUUGCGGGGGGAGGUGCACACAAGGUUGCCUGCAGUGUGGAACUGGGAGGAGCUGACCCCUCGCAUGCCAACCGGGCAUGCGUGCAGUUCACAGUACGUCGCGCUGGACCUUGCCAUGUCUCUGUGCUUCUUGACACAGCACACGUUCGUGGGUCCCCAUUCCGGAAAACAUUUUUACCAGAUCGCCCUGAUCCUCAGAAGACUGGAUUCAUUCACCACUGCUCGAGUGUAGUUUGCAUGCAGGACAUGCCUCAUCACCUUUUCAUUGAACCCAGGGACAAGUUCAAUAAUAAUUGCAUUGUGGAUAGUACUGCCGAUCCCAGUGACGACUACACUGUCGACGUUGUAGAGGUGUCAUCAAAUAGACCAGUACCAUCAUGCUUUCACUGGGAAAGUCAUCCAGAAACAUCACGCAUCGCACUUGUUCUAAGCUUAAACAAAGAGGGCUGCUACGAAGCGAGUGUCUCGUACAGAGGCACCGUGCUAAGCAAUGGUGUCUUUCACAUCAUUGUACUUAACAAGUCAGAUGCUGCGUUAGUGCAGAAGAAUGUUGCCAAGAAAAGUCAUUACACCUGGUAUGAAGCAAAGCUGAUUGCCUGGAAUUGUGAGAAAGUUCCUAAGCCAAAGAGAGUGUUUGUUUAUAUUUCUCCAAAGCAACUAACUAUUAAAGAGUACAUGCUUAAAAUCAUUCCAAAGCGUCUCGUAACAUUCAGGUUGUGUCCUAGUACAAAGUUCCAGUUCAAGGGAAACAACAAUCAGGCCGGUGAGCCUGUUCUAGUCAUUGAUGAUGGGUGUCAGCCUCAAGUUGAGAUGGUGUCAGAUGAGAGGUGCAUCAUUGCGGCUACUUUCACCCAGUACCUUCUCAAAAACAUAGGGGGAUCAGAAACGUUUAGAGACAAGCAGGAGUUUUUCUACCAUGAAGUUCGGAAACUUCAUCAGAAACACUUCCAUGAUAAGCUCCAACUGAAAGUUCUGAGGGACAAGAUACUUGAUUCUUCAGUCAGAGCCACAAAGGGUUUAAGCACAGGUGACUGGUGCAAGAACUUUGAGAUCACAUUCUUGGGGGAGCAAGGACUUGACUGGGGAGGCCUACGUCGUGAGUGGUUUGAGCUACUCUGCUGCGCGCUCUUUGACCCUGAAAAUCAGCUUUUUCACCGCUUCAAAAACGACAAGCAAGGACUAGUUCAUCCUAAUCCCAGGAGGCCGUCCCACCUGAAGUUGAAGCACUACGAGUACGCAGGUCGUAUAGUCGGCAAGUGCUUGUAUGAAUCUGCAUUGGGAAGCUCUUACAGACAACUUGUGAAGGCACGAUUCUCUAGGUCUUUUCUUGCGCAGCUUAUUGGACUCAGGGUGCACUACAAGUACUUUGAGCAAGACGACCCAGAUCUUUAUGUGAGCAAAAUAAAGUAUAUCCUUGAAAACGAUGUCGAAGACAUGGAACUGUACUUCACAGAGGAAGAGUACACAAGUUCAGGAAAGCUUCUCAGGACGACGGAUCUGAUACCUGGGGGAUCCCGUGUUCGGGUAGACAACAGCAACAAACUGCAGUAUUUGGAUGCACUAGCACAGUACCGCCUUGCAACUAGUGUGAGAGAGGAAGUAGAGCAUUUUUUGAAGGGGCUCAACGAACUCAUCCCUGACAACCUACUGUGCAUCUUCGAUGAAAAUGAACUGGAGCUCCUCAUGUGUGGCACUGGGCAGUACAGUAUUGCAGACUUCAAGGCAAAUCACACAGUCAGUGGCUUUUUGUUCGAACUGAGAAAGGUGCUUGAUUGGUUCUGGACAGCAGUGAGCAACUUCACAGAAGAAGAAAUGGCCCGCCUGCUGCAGUUUACGACAGGCUGUUCGCAGCUUCCACCAGGGGGAUUUGCGGAGCUCAAUCCAAAGUUUCAUAUUACCACUGCUCCCACAUUUGGCAAUCUGCCCACUGCUCACACAUGUUUCAAUCAGCUGUGCCUGCCAGACUACGACUCCUACGAGCAGUUUGAGCGUGCCUUACGCCUUUCUAUCAAUGAGGGAACUGAAGGUUUCGGUAUGAUUUGAAAAACAUUCUUCCACGAUCUGAAGCAUUUCCACGUACAAGAUUGUUGCCGAACCUUCUAAGAAAGUCUACCAACAGUGACCGUCAGGAACCCACGGUAUACACCUUCUGCCCACCGCACACGAUUAGUAAUCGUGCUAUGUUUACACUGGUACGACUGUGCUACAACUGCUCUACAAUUUAAAGACAUCGAAAUGGGGAUGACUCUCGUAGUACUGCUUUGGGAGUACAAGCGAGACUAUCUGCAGUCGUCUGGCAAGUUUUUAUCGAAAGUAUAUAUUGAAAGAUGCAAUGCAAAUAGAUUUGUAUAUGUUAUAUGCAUUACAAUAUGCAUUUCUGUGCUACAAUGCAAGGCACCCGUUUUUCAUUUGUUGGCGGAGUUUCAGUGGAUGUUCAGAGGGUAGAUACGCUGGCGGUACCAAAGAGUGCCCUUCUCCCCGUCUAUCCUAACUAUUUUUUUCAUUCCUGCGUGUUUUCGAUAAAAGCGAAUCAUUUCAACUAACCAAGGUGCCCCCUUAAAGUUUUGUCCCCAUAUGCUGCCAAGCUGUGGCAGCCUUCAUUUGAUUCACCUUUUUUUAUCAAAGCGAGCCUGCAUUCAGAGAAAUGCCUACGUCCAUGGUACCCCCACCCCAGAAGAGGUGCCAGGGUGCCACAGGUUGCUGGGGGCCUCCCCUGUGUUGAUAUAAUACAUCUUUGAGUAACAUGUCAACACUAUGGUAGCCUAUUGAACUGGUGCCACUAAAUUGCCAUUAUGUUCAAAAUGACUUGGUUGUGAUGCUGUACCUAAAGUUGUACAGUGUUCACAUAACUUCAGCCGGGGACUGGGUUCUCCUACAGUAGCUGAAGUUCUAUGUCACCAUGUAAUGAUCAUGGUUCUCCAUGAUAAGUGUUAGUGAGAUGUUACAUGACCAGGUUCAAAAUUGAUAUCCAUGAUGUCUUAAAAGUUUUUUCUUAAGAGCUCAGUAGUACGUGGCCCAGUGUUAUGUGAAUCAGAUGUCCGUUAUUUCUCGCACUCUUUUAGUCUCUGUGUUAAGACUGAGAGGGAUAUCCUUAUUUUUUUGCCAGGAGAUGACAUUUGGUGAAAGUACAAAGUGCCUUGAAACAAUGUUUUCUUCUCGAGGUUACACCCGAUUUCGACCCUCUUUCUUUCUUGCAUAUUUACUGCUUCCUGUUUAUGCCUCCCUCGUUGAUUGGUAGAGAAGAAUCUGUUAGGCGCUAGUUUUGGUUCACUCGCAAGUGAACACAUUUUACACAAACUACCUGUGGAAGACAAAUUGCAUACUGUGUACACGGUUCUCCAGAAACAUGUUGUACCAUGCACACCUUGCCAAAAGUACACGCUAGUUACAAUGGCUUUUUUACUGCAUGUUAGUAUGCUCAGGUGCUAUCUUUGGGCAUUAUACACUAUUGCUUUUCAGCUACUGUCUCCAUGAAGAUGAGCCCGAAAUUUAUUAGUCGCAUACUUCAGCAUGACAUCGAUAACCAGUUGAUAGCCAGGACUAGUUUUUGUGUGCUAACAUGUUCAUGAUGCAGUCUCCGUAGAACCCUUUUGGGACCAUAUUUCCUAUUUCUACUUUGAAAGUAGUUUCUAGUCGUCAGUUCAUUGCCUUGUUGGAAAAAUAAUUGUGAUCCUUGCGUAUUAUUUAACUGCAAAAGCCAAGAUGUUGGUAUGGAUGUCUCGGAAGGCUAAUCAACCGAUUUGGUGUAGUCGUUCUGAAAAUGUUUUGCAAUGUUUUGGGAUGUUCAACUCGAUAAUCUUCUGUGUGGUGUAAUGCAUGAUGUGUAGUGGUACAUCAGAUGCAACUAGAAAUUGCUACAGGUACAUUAUUGAAGUACAUCUCUCUUGCUUUGAGUAAUAGUGUAUCCUGGCCGUAAAAUGAAGAACAACACUGGUUCUUUUUUAUGGUGUAAAUGCUUUGUUCAUUCUAUACAGGCUACAUGUGGUGUGCAUUUUUUCUUUUAAUCGCACCACUAUAUAAGGUACUGACCGAUAGUGAUCAAAAUUACAUUUCACUCGCAUUAGAGACAAUUUUGCAGCUUAAGUAUAUGCAUUUGGGCUUGUAGCCACUCCCAUCAUCACCUUCGACAUUCCAGUUCUGAACAGAAAAGUGUAUGGAAAUAAAAUUUGUUCAAUAUGG